AUGGUGCGAAUCCCGCCGCUGGUAGUGUGCGGUCCCUCUGGGGUGGGGAAGGGGACCCUGAUCAAGAAAGUAUUGAGCGAAUUCCCUAGCCGUUUCCGAUUCUCCAUUAGCUGCACGACUAGGAACAAAAGAGAAAAGGAAACAAACGGAGUCGACUACUACUUUGUAGAUAAGGAUGACUUCAAGCAAAAAUUAAAAGAAGGGCAAUUCCUUGAGUUUGAUAAUUAUGCGAAUAAUUUUUAUGGAACCUUAAAAAGCGAAUACGAUAUCGCUGUGGGGGAGGAUAAAAUCUGCCUUUUCGAAAUGAACAUUAAUGGAGUUAAACAGCUAAAAGAAUCAAAGUACAUAGAGGAUGGUAUUUACAUUUUUGUAAAACCACCG